GCAGGUGUGUUAUCCUGGUUUAUGCGGCACUACCAUAUCUUGUAGCUGUAAAUCUAUAGCCGGAAGUGUAACACGGCUAAAUUGCUCAUCUGCGAACAGCAGCUAAGUGUUGACUUUCCCGACCAGUCGGUGGACGGCUAUGGACUCGGUUCCCAGCGAUGAAACUCACCAUGGCGACGCCGAGGUCAGCAACUCGGUGGCAGCGGCGGUGCUAGGGAAUGGAAAUGGAAAUGGCGCAGCAAACCUAGCGAAUGUCAAGAAGAAAAAGAAUACAACGUCUCACAGGAGGAGGUGGAAGAAGAAGAAAAAGAAGCAACCGGUUCACCAGCACCAGCAGAACCCCCAGAGAAAUUCCCGCUCAUGCGACCAGCACCUCACCCCCGGCCUGCCCGCUUCGAUGGCACACGAGCCCCCUUCGGAGCAGCCCGGCCGGACACUUGAAGUCGUCGUGACCCGCCAUCUUUUCAAACAAGAAAGCAAGCCGGAGCUGGUGAGGUCGAAACGUUGCCAGUUGGCGCAAGGACCAGCACAGGCUGCGUGUCCAACCGCCCGUAUGCUCCUGAAACAUAAACAUCUCGACAGCUCUGCCCACGCCCCCCAACACAACAAGAAUGGCGGCAGGAAGAGCGGCAACAGCCCUGCCAGCAAACCUCGUUUAGAACACAACAACGCAAAGAACACGGCCGUACGUCUCAAGGGAUGCGCGGCCGAGUGCCUUGAAGAAGGCAAGAAAGUCUAUGCAGGCCCGAAGUUCAGUGAGCCGCCCUCGCCCAGCCUUCUGCCCAAACCGCCCAGCCACUGGGUGCGGAAGAACCAAAGUCAGAAACUCAAAAGUCGAGAGAAUUAAUAAGCUUGACUAAAAUUGAAGUCACUUCUGAAGUUUCAAGAUCACGCAUGACCUUAAAGCUGGUUAACUUGAGCAAAAACGAUCGAGCCAACCGUUGUGGCUUCCCACUAUCCUCGUAGAUAUCCUCGUAGAAGUCUGCCAACGCGACCAGACUAACUAAAAACUACACUUAUUUGCAUCUGGCCGUCCCAUCUUUUUGUUCGCCAAUAUGAUUCAUGGCGCAUAAAUACAAUACAAUGUUAGACGAGGCAAAUUCAUUCCAUUUAGCUUCCUCUUCUGUUCAGACAGCCGUUGCAACUUUCCAGCUUUAGAUGACGUCAGAUCCGACAUCUGUCACAAUGACAAUAACUUUCUAUUCAAAGGGUUCAUGACUUCAUGCCAUGCCAUGGUUGGACAAUGGCUAAUUCGUGGGUCCGUAUUUCGUUCCUGUUCUGUUCAGUGAGCCAUUGUUGGUUUACGCCUUCAGAUAAUUACAUGAAGUCAAAACCGUGAUGACGUCCCACUGACUAAAUUUAUGGGUCGACUGCAGCUCACAACAAAACAGCGGCGGCGUUUUCCUGCCCGUCUAGGACAAAGACGACGACUUUCAACUACGACUGUAACGAUACGCCAAAGCUGGGAUUCUCACGAAAAUUGUUAUAAAUGGAAUAUUUUUAUGAAUAUAUUUAUAUGAUACGUUAUUUAUACAUUUUUUCCCUAAUUUAAUGAAUGUGUAUAUGCAUUUAUGUAUGUGUAUAUAAUUAUAUAAUAUGUGUUUCCUUA